AUGGAGCUAACGGCUGCCAGCGUAGCAGUGAAGAUCGUUGCAAUGAUUACAGUUGCAAUGGAGUAUGAGUUUGAUAAGAUUGUCUACUGGACCGAUAGCAUGACCGUGUUACGAUACAUCAACAAUCAGACCAGCAGAUUCCACACCUUCGUUGUUAACAAAGUCACCACGAUUCAAGAAGGAUCAACUUUAAACCAAUGGAGAUACGUCCCUACUCAGCACAAUCGCGCAGAUUCUGCAUUCCGAGGACUUCGACCAAAGGAUCAACGAGCUAGCGAGCAAUGGUUGUUGGGGCCCAAGUAUCUAUGGGAGCCGGAGUCACAGUGGCCGAGAUCAGAGUUCUCACAGGAGCUGUCACCUGAAGAUCCAGAAGUUAAGAAAGUUUAUGCCACACUUGCAGCACCUGGAGACACCGUAACUACAGAUGAACUGUUCGCUAGAUACUCAAAUUUGAAGCAACUCAAAACAACUGUUGCAUGGAUACUAAGGGCACAGAAAUGCUUUAAGCAGCGUCGCAGCACUGAUAGAAGGUUGAGAGCUCAAGGCAGCGAAGUGUUAACACCACUUAGAGUAGAGGAGUUGGAAUCAGCGGAGAUCUCGAUUGUUAAAUACCUGCAGCAAAUGCACUUGCGGAAAACGGAAAACACCUAG